CGGCGGAAGUGGCGAGGGCGGGGUCGGCGCUGCUAGGGAAGAGCUGAAGCCCAGCCAAGAUGCUGCUGGACUUGUCGGAAGAGCAUAGGGAGCACCUGGCCUUCCUCCCGCGAGUGGACAGCGCGGUGGUCGCGGAGUUCGGGCGGAUUGCUGUGGAGUUCCUGAGGCGAGGCUCGAACCCCAAAGUCUACGAAGGCGCCGCCAGAAAGCUCAAUGUGAGUAGUGACACUGUGCAGCAUGGUGUGGAAGGAUUGAUCUAUCUGCUCACGGAGAGUUCCAAGCUCAUGAUUUCUGAACUGGAUUUCCAAGACUCUGUUUUUGUUUUGGGAUUCUCUGACGAGUUGAACAAAUUGCUGCUCCAGCUUUACCUGGACAACAGGAAGGAGAUCAGAACUAUCCUGAGUGAACUGGCCCCAGACCUUCCCACUUACCACAGCCUCGAAUGGCGCCUAGAUGUGCAGCUGGCAAGCAGAAGUCUCAGGCAACAGAUCAAACCAGCAGUGACCAUGAAGCUACACCUGAAUCAGAACGGGGAGCGUGCCACCGAAGUUCUACAGACGGACCCAGCCACGCUGCUGCAUCUGGUGCAGCAGCUGGAACAGGCGCUGGAGGAGAUGAAGACGAACCACUGCAGGAGAGUGGUCCGCAACAUCAAGUAGGACGCUCGGAGGCACGCGUGCAGUGUAAUCUACAGCAGCUGUCUCUCCGAGUUCUUCAUUGGGAACAUCUCAUUCCGUGACAUUUCUUUCCCUAUUCUAGGAUACCAAAAACUUCAUUUUCCUGAUCCUAAAUGUGGCCAGCUACUUGACAGAUUCAUAUGAAUUUUGUAUUUUAUUAUUUAAACAGGGUUGCAUCAACUAGAACUGCAUCUGUUUCAUUCAUAUCUUCUGUAUAUAGAAAUGAUAACCUG